AUGACCUCGUCUACCUCCACCUCUAACUCUAACUCUACUUCCACCUCCUCUAACUCUACUUCCAUCUCUAACUCUACCUCCACCUCUAACUCUACCUACACCUCUAACUCUACCUACACCUCUAACUGUACUUCCACCUCUAACUCUACUUCCACCUCUAACUCUACCUACACCUCUAACUGUACUUCCACCUCUAACUCUACCUACACCUCUAACUCUACUUCCACCUCUAACUCUACUUCCACCUCUAACUCUACCUACACCUCUAACUCUACUUCCACCUCUAACUCUACCUCCACCUCUAAUUCUACUUCCACCUCUACCUCCACCUCUAACUGUACUUCCACCUCUAACUCUACUUCCACCUCUAACUGUACUUCCACCUCUAACUGUACUUCCACCUCUAACUCUACCUCCACCUCUAACUCUACUUCCACCUCUAACUCUACUUCCACCUCUAACUGUACUUCCACCUCUAACUCUACCUCCACCUCUAACUGUACUUCCACCUCUAACUCUACUUCCACCUCUAACUCCACUUCCACCUCUAACUCUACUUCCACCUCUAACUCUACUUCCACCUCUAACUGUACCUCCACCUCUAACUCUACUUCCACCUCUAACUCUACCUCCACCUCUAACUCUACUUCCACCUCUAACUGUACUUCCACCUCUUACUCUACCUCCACCUCUAACUGUACUUCCACCUCUAACUCCACUUCCACCUCUAACUCUACCUCCACCUCUGACUCUACUUCCACCUCUAACUGUACCUCCACCUCUAACUCUACUUCCACCUCUAACUCUACUUCCACCUCUAACUCUACCUCCACCUCUAACUCUACUUCCACCUCUAACUCUACUUCCACCUCUAACUCUACUUCCACCUCUAACUGUACCUCCACCUCUAACUCUACUUCCACCUCUAACUCUACCUCCACCUCUAACUCUACUUCCACCUCUAACUCUACCUCCACCUCUAACUCUACUUCCACCUCUAACUCUACUUCCACCUCUAACUCUACUUCCACCUCUAACUGUACCUCCACCUCUAACUCUACUUCCACCUCUAACUCUACCUCCACCUCUAACUCUACUUCCACCUCUAACUCUACUUCCAACCUCUAA